AAACCAUAUCAUUGUGAUAUCUGUGGUAAAUCAUUCUCUCAAAAUAGUAACUUAACGAAACACAAACUUAUUCAUACAGAAGAAAAACCAUAUCAUUGUGAUAUCUGUGGUAAAUCAUUCUCAAGAAGUAUUCAUGUUACUGCACACAAACGUACUCAUACAGGAGAGAAAUCCUACCAUUGUGAUGUCUGUGGUAAAUCGUUCUCUCAUAAUUGUGUCUUAACUGCACAUAAACGUAUUCAUACCGGAGAGAAACCAUAUCACUGCGAUAUCUGUGGUAUAUCGUUCUCUGUGAGUAGUACAUUAACUAGACACAAACAUAUUCAUACAGGAGAGAAACCAUACCAUUGUGAUAUCUGUGGUAAAUCAUUCUCUCAAAGUAGUAACUUAAUGAAACACAAACUUAUUCAUACAGAAGAAAAACCAUAUCACUGUGACAUCUGUGGUAAAUCAUUCUCUAACAGUAGUCACUUAUCUACUCACAGACGUAUUCAUUCAGGAGAGAAACCAUAUCAUUGUGAUGUCUGUGGUAAAUCAUUCUCUAUCAGUAGUCACUUAUCUAAACACACACGUAUUCAUACCAGAGAGAAACCAUAUCACUGUGAUAUCUGUGGUAAAUCAUUCUCUCAAAGUGGUGAUGUAACAAAUCACAAAUAUAUUCAUACAGGAGAGAAAUCAUAUCUUUGUGAUAUCUGUGGUAAAUCGUUCUCUUAUAAUAGUAUCUUAACUACACAUGAACGUAUUCAUACAGGUGAAAAACCAUAUUAUUGUGAUAUCUGUGGUAAAUCAUUCUCUCAAAAUAGUAACUUAACAAAACACAAACUUAUUCAUACUGCACACAAACGUACUCAUACAGGAGAGAAAUCAUACCAUUGUGAUAUCUGUGGUAAAGUGUUCUCUCAUAAUAGUAUCUUAACUGCACAUAAACGUAUCCAUACCGGAGAGAAACCAUAUCACUGCGAUAUUUGUGGUAUAUCAUUCUCUGUGAGUAGUACAUUAACUAGACACAAACAUAUUCAUACAGGAGAGAAACCAUACCAUUGUGAUAUCUGUGGUAAAUCAUUCUCUCAAAGUAGUAACUUAAUGAAACACAAACUUAUUCAUACAGGAGAAAAACCAUAUCACUGUGAUAUUUGUGGUAAAUCAUUCUCUAACAGUAGUCACUUAUCUACACACACGCGUAUCCAUACAGGAGAGAAGCCAUUUCAUUGUGAUAUCUGUGGUAAAUCAUUCUCUCAAAAUGGUGAUGUAACAAAACACAAAUAUAUUCAUACAGGAGAGAAAUCAUAUCUUUGUGAUAUCUGUGGUAAAUCAUUCUCUAACAGUAGUCACUUAUCUAGACAUAAACAUAUUCAUACAGGAGAGAAACCAUAUCAUUGUAAUAUCUGUGGUAAAUCAUUCUUUCAAAAUUUUGACUUAACACAACAUAAACAUAUUCACACAGGGGAGAAACCAUAUCAUUGCGAUAUCUGUGGUGAAUCAUUCUCUCAAAAUGGUAGCUUAACGAAACACAAAUUUAUUCAUACAGGUGAAAAACCAUAUCAUUGUGAUAUCUGUGGUAAAUCAUUCUCACAAAACGGUAACUUAGCAAAGCACAAAUAUAUUCAUACAAGGAAGAAAGGAAAAAGGUAGUUUCUUGUUUGCUAUAGAGUAUCCUUCAGAGGUUGCAUACCAAGUUUCAAUAUAAUUGACUCAUAUCUCAAGGUUCUGAAUUGACUAUAAAUGGAACAGGAGAUACAUGUGGACGUACGUGUGUGAAGUUUUUGGCUUUGUACCUUGACUUGUAUUAAAAUUAAUGAUUGUGUUAAAUUUCGUGUUUACAUUUACUGAUGAUUCAUAAGCCAAUAACUCCUCAUGAUAUUGAAUGCCCAUUAUUUGAUACUCCAUGUGAUCUUAGCAAGCGAGUGUUGCCAACUUAGAAGGACGUACCAAAAUGUGUUUCAUUUGAAUGAGGAAAAGAAAAAAAUGUAGUUAAGAAAAAUCCUUCAAUUAAACAAAUUAUCAAGAUUGUAGCAGAAAGGAUAAUUCGUCUUUGGCAAAAGACAUCCAUCGCUGGUGUUAGGAAUGAGUCAGUUAAACCAAAAAUCUUAAACGUUUAUGUAAAUUACCAAGCAUUACUAAAAUCUGUGAAAAAUAGAAUAAAAUGUGCCAUUGCUUCAGACAAAGUGUAAUGUGUUUAAAAGCAAUGCUACAAAAGAUUUAUUUGGCAUUUCCUGUUGCAAGUGGAACUCCUUUGAAAGCUGCAGCUGUAGUAAAGACAAAAAAGUAUCACAGACAGAAUAAGAUUUUUUCUAAGAUCGAUGGACAAAUCAAAAAAUGACCAUUGGCAGAAUAUCAUAAACGGAACACCAGUACAAGCAAUUAUUUUCUGAGAGUUUGUGUGGGGUCCAUACAUUAUAGCAAGAAAUGUAUCCUAGCUUCACUAAGUGUUCCUGAGCCAUACUUUUAGAAACUUCUAACUUCUCUAGUCAUGAUACUUGAAUUUUCAAUUUUUGCCAUCAAAACAACUUCAUCCAAUGCUGAAGGUCUUCCACUGUGACUGUCAUCUUCCAAGCUAAACUCUUCAGCUUCAAAUUUUGCAAACCACUUUCAAAUAGUUGAUUCAACUACAGCAUCAUCAGCAUAAACUUCACAAAUGUUUUUGCAAGUCUUUGCUGCAUUUCUUCCUUUUUAAAACAGAAAAGAAUUACGUGAAUAUGAAAUAUUCGGCUUUUUAUUGCAAGUGUCUAUGAAGGGAAACCGGAAUGAAAGAUGAAUCUGUUUUUAGUCAGGAACAAAGAAGAGAUUCACUACUAUUUCGAGCAACGCCAAAGUUUUGACUGUUAAGUUUCAGACGUGUUCAAUGAAUCAAAUGAUUUAACUUCAAAACGCUGAGAACUUUCUGGGCAACAUGACAUCAAAAGGUCUGACCUCCCUGUUAGAAUCAUGAGGUGAGGCCACACCAUUGGACAUGACUUUUCCCAUAAUAACAAAAUACAGGACACAUGCUGUCUGAACCAAUGUCCCAGUUCUAAUGGAGACCGUCCAGCUAUGUUUUCAAGCUCAUGUGUUAUACCAUAUAAGCUGUACUUGCAGAGCAACAUAUAUAGGAUCAACUAAAUGACAGCUUCAUGUCAGAGUGAAGGAACUCUUUUCACAAGGCCAGAACACCCAAUGCCAUAAUCCAACACCAACAUUGAGAGUGAUUUCCCCACCCAUUUAGUGGCAAGGGGAAGUGAUGUGGCCACCCUCUGAAAGUAGGGGAUACACUUCAUUAGAAAGAUGGUGGCCUGCCACAACCACCAGGAUUGACGUGAUGGCUGGAAAUUCCACAUACUGCUUCUGGUGCCUUUAACCAAAGCCAGCAGUAAGCGCCAUGGAACGUCUGAUGAAGGAUUAUAGAUCUGAAAGCACUCACAUGUUCAUCAUCAUCAUCAUCAUCAUCGUUUAACGUCCGCUUUCCAUGCUAGCAUGGGUUGGACGAUUUGACUGAGGACUGGUGGAGCCCGAAGGCUACACCAGGCUCCAAUCUGAUUUGGCAGAGUUUCUACAGCUGGAUGCCCUUCCUAACGCCAACCACUCCGAGAGUUAUUCUUAAUCCAAAAACUAGCAACAAAGCUACACACAAACCACAUGCCACCGGUAGCUCCCCUGUGUGUAUUUAUCUGUCUGUCUACCCAUCUAUCAUUUUAGCUAUCUAUCUAUGAUAAUACCACUAAACCUUGGAUAUUUCUGUAUCCUCCUAUGAGACCUUUGGAUGAAGUUUUGAAACAUUUGGAACUUUUAAACUUUCAAAAUAAAAAAAUAAAAAAUUCUGAAGAACUUUCUGGAAAACAAAAAAAUAAAGCAUUCUGGAAAUAUAAA